AUGCAUAGCCAUCACGCUCUUUUCCUCCCUGCCCUGGCCUCCCUGGCCUCAGCCUGGGCCCCCCCGUCGUACUCAGGCUACACCCUGGUGUGGAGUGACAGCUUCAGCGGCGCUGGAGGCGCAUCCCCGAGUUCCAGCAACUGGAACAUCAUCACCGGCAACCUUGGCGUCAAUAACGAGCUAGAAACCUACACCAGCUCAAGCGCCAACGUCCAGCUGAGCGGCGGCAGCACAAUUCAACUCGUCCCCUGGGCAGACAGCUCUGUCUCCGGCGGCUGGACCUCAGGCCGUGUCGAGAGCAAAUACACCUUCACCCCGGCCGCUGGUGUGAUCACUCUCGCCGAAGCCGAUAUCAGAUUCGGCACAAACGCCAUUGCGAAUAAGCAGGGAAUCUGGCCUGCGUUCUGGAUUUUGGGCGAUUCGCUUCGACACGGAACCGGGUGGCCAGAGUGCGGAGAACUUGAUAUCCUCGAGACUGUGGAUGGUUUGUUAACUGGCUACGGCACUGCGCAUUGCAAUGUUAAUCCUGGCGGGAUUUGCAAUGAGCCUAACGGACGAGGUGGGAACAUCGUCAUUCCGGAUCAGUCGUGGCACACGUGGCGCAUGACCUGGGACCGGACGCCGUCGAGCUGGGAGUCCGAGACGAUUACUUGGUACAUGGAUGGCAAGCAGUUUUUCCAGAUCAGUGGUGCUACGAUUGGAGACUCGGGUGUCUGGGCUACGUUGUGCCAUGAUCCGUUGUACUUCAUCCUGAACGUGGCUGUUGGUGGUAACUGGCCAGGAAACCCAAACUCUGCAACCCUUGGGGGUUAUGGUAGCAUGAUGGAGGUCGCUUAUGUCGCUGUCUACCAAUCUUGA